CAAACUAUAUCAUUAAAUUUGAAAGUAAAUCUAACCACAAAAAUGAAAACACAUUAUGAGGUCUUAGGAAUAUCACCAUCUGCUACAUAUAACGAAAUAAAGACAGCAUAUUAUAAAUUAACAUUAAAGUAUCAUCCUGACAAAAAUAAAGGUGAAUCUGCAAAAGAGAUAUUUCAAGAAAUUUCAAAUGCAUAUGAUGUACUUAGCAAAUAUGAAACACGUAAAAAUUAUGACAGAAGUAUGUCAAUUAAAAAUGAAAGUUUUAAUUUAAAACAAAAUGUUAAAUCUAGUACAAAUAUCAAAGCUUCAUAUGUUACUAGACCCGUCAGUAACAAGAUUUUUGAUUUUGAUGAAUGGGUAAAAAAUCAUUAUCAUCAUGGUUUUGCUAAAGAGAAAGCAAAAAAACAAUGGCAAGACUUAUUAGAACAACAUGUAUAUAACCUACCAGAGAUAAUUUUUCUUUGUGCUUUAACCUUCAUAAUUACAACUGUAUAUGGUGGAUAUCUAUAUUAUGGAUUAGCUGUACAAAGAAAGAGAAAAAAUUAAGAUAAAUAAUUAUAUUGAA